CACAUCUGUUUGCCAUUUAUAAAACAAGUGUGUAAGGAAAGUGUGCAAAUAAAUAAUUGCACUAGCAUAACUCCAUUAUCUGUGCUCUGUGAUGUUCCUAUGAUAGGUUAGUUUAUUACCUUAUUAAUAUUAAUUAUAAAAGUUAAAUGGUAAUAAGCAUAAGAAAUACCUUAAUAUAAUACACCACCAGUAGCAUUCUGUUUUACAAAGCACUUGGAAAAGACCACAGUAAAGAGAGCCAUAAUUGUAUUGUAUACUACAUCCACACAAGUAUUGUUAAUAGCUCAACCAAACCAAGGGAACCAAAAACUGCUCACACACAGAUGUUUGAGGACCAAGACUGGGAAAGCAGACAGGUAAAGGUUUAAUGUACAUUAUUCCUCCUGCCAGCAUCAGUUCUUCCUCUCUCACUGAUGGCCACCCUGUCGAAUUACGCUGUGCGCAUGGCACGCCUCAGUGCCCGGAUCUUUGGGGAGGUGGUGAGGCCCACGGACAGCCAGUCCAUGAAGGUAGUGCAGCUGUUCAAGGAGCAGCCACUCGCCAAGAGGAAGGAGGUGUAUGACUGGUACCCCCAGCACAACACCUACUAUGCCCUCACCAAGAAACUGCGCUUCAUGGGCCUCUUCAGAGAUGAACACGAGGACUUCAAGGAAGAGAUGCGCCGCCUGAAGAAACUUCGAGGGAAGGGCAAGCCCAAGAAGGGCGAGGGGAAGAGGGCCGCAAAGAAGAAGUAGACAAGUGUUGAUCCCCUGCCCCCUCUUCUGGACCAGGAACUGCCAUAUACUGCAGCGGGCAUCUCCAGAGAGCAACGCCCAUAUUCAGUCUACCUGCAGUGCUCUUUGGUUUCAUAAACAUUUUCUGAAAUUUAGGGAAAAAAGUAGACUCUGGGCCAAAGUGUGAUUCAGAAGUCAUAUUGUAAAAAUAAUGGGGGUUUUCACUCCAGAGCCAUGGACUGGACAUUAAAAGGAAUGCAGUGUCAGAUGUAUCAAUCAUUUUGGUUGAGAUCUGUAUUAUGUCUUUUGUUUAUAGACUCAAUGACCAUGAAAACCUCUUUUGAGCUAUUACCAUGUGAGGUGUAUGUUUUUCUUCAAAAUAAAGGUCUAUGAAAAUCAAUG